AUGCGACAACCAACAAUGCCUAUCCGCUCGCCCUUUGAGUCCUCAAUAGCGAAACCGGGUCAGGGCAACGUCGUUCUCUCUCUCCUCCCGCCUAACAACCCCACCCUCACCACUCUCACCUACAAAUACCCAUUGAAGCUGGUUCCAAGGGCGCCAGGGUUUAUCCCAGAGCCCGACCCAGCUGCACUGUCAGACAAAUGCCCGUCAAUGCCCGUUCAUCUUUAUCUCCUCACCUACGGCGGCGGCCUGCUGCCAGGUGACCAUAUCGAGGUGUCGAUUAAGCUUGAUCCCCGCACCAGAAUGGUCGUUACCACCCCACAAGGAAGCACCAAGAUCUUCAAGACAGAUUCCAACACCGACUCAAAUUUCAACGUUAUUAAGGGUCACCGUAAGAAUUUGCCCGCCAACCCACGGAUCUCAGACAUGAGUCAGCAAUCAUUAGAUGUGAAGAUUGGCCGCCAGGCUGCUAUCUGUUACCUGCCUGAUCCAUCUGUACCCUACAAGGACAGCCGCUACGCGCAGGUCCAAACGUUCACCGUCGAUGCCACAGCCAAGGGUGACCAGCGCAGUAGUCUUUGCGUGCUAGACUGGGUAACGCAGGGUCGCACAUCGCGCGGCGAAAACUGGAAUUUCCGAUUCUGGAAGGGCCGGAACGAAGUCUGGGCUUCAGACGAGAAAACCGGCAAGAGUAGGCUUUUGCUCCGUGACUCUGUCAUCUUAGACGAUGAAUCCGAAGCCAUAGACGCGGACGACGACGAAGACCUGGAUAUAGGUGGCACCGGUUCAAAUAGCCAUUCAAUCCACGCAGAAACUCCACCGCCUCAGGCUGGUCUUGUGCCAUUGAAUGUUAUUCAAGAACGGACACGGCCGCAUGGAGUCGUGGGUACGUUGAUUCUGUCCGGGCCCGUCUUCGAUUCUCUCGGUGCCUACUUCAUGCACCAAUUCACAUCACAGCCACGUAUUGGUAGUCGAAAUUGGUCUUCUGAAUCAUCAGCCCCAGAACCCUCACUCAGCACCCAGGGUGACGUUACUUGGACAGCUGCGCGUGUGCGCGCAGGUUUCGUGUUGGUUAAGUUUGGUGCCAAGGACUUUGAGACAGCCAAGGUCUGGCUUGGCGGUUUGCUCCGUGAAGAAGGGAGCAUCGCGCGCGAAUUCGGCGAAGAGGCACUCUUCUGUCUUUAA